ACGGUGCUACGCUAAAUGCGUUAAAUAUUCGCAACUGUGUGUGUGCUGUUUUUUGUUUCUGUUUUUUUUCUUGUGUGCAAAUUCAGAUUUGAUUAAGAGUUUGUAGGUGUGUGUGUGUGUGUGUUUAUUGGUGCACCUAUGCUGGCCCUGGCCCCGCCCACCACGCCGCCCCCUCGAAAUGCCCCGUUAGCCGCGAAAUCGAAUCUUUUUUCUGCAACCGCAAUGCUGUCAAACGGCUCUGCCGGCGUCGCCGCCGACGUCGCUGCUAGUGUUGCUGCCUCGGCCGACUGCGAUGAGCGAACGCUCCUGCUUAGCGAAGAAAUUGUUGUUGCAACGCCGACGUCGCUGCCUUCUUCGUCCUCUGCCGGCGUAGGUGCGGCUUCGCCGCCGACGUCGCUGCCUUUGGUGCACACAACAACAACAACGCAGCAGCAACAAAACAACAACAAUGUGCAAAACAACAACAACAAUUCGUCAGUUGUGGUCAGUGCAAAAAACAUGGCUAAUAAUAAAAAUAACAGCGGCAAAUGCAAAAACAACGAGGCCAGCAGCAGCAACAACAAUAAUGCAGCAACAGAAGCGGUAUCAACAGCAACAGGGGAUAUAGAAGCGGUGACAACAACAACAACAGCUGAUGAGGAGGAUAUGUCCAGCGAUCUGAGCGACAAGUUCCCACGACCCCAAAAGAAACCCGGCAAACUGAGCAAACUGGGCACUAAAAGCGUCGGCCUCAAACGCGUCUCUUUUGGGUCCUCGAAGGGUUCGAUGGUGGAGACGCUGGUCUUCGAGACGCCGACGCCUUUGUCGGAGCACGUGGAGUCCACCUUUGGAUUCGAGGCGGCAGCGGAUUCUGCCGUCGAUACCGCCGCUGCUGCCGCUGGUCAGCCGCAGUUGGCGUCAACGCUGCCGCUAGCCGGCGGCUACAGUGGAGACUAUGCCAAGGGAAACCUGGAUGACAGCGGCAUUGAGGUGCAGGAAGAAUCGGAGCGUUCGAUAGUGCGCGUUUCCAUUUACCAAAGCAGCCAGCCGCAGCAGAUCUGUCCACCGGCGGAUUACCUGCUGGACGCCCUAGACGGAGGCUAUAACUACAACUACAACCUCGACUACGCGACGAUGGCGGCGGCGGGGAUCCAGCAGCAGCAGCCACAGGUUAUUGGCCUGGGACCUGCCUACGAUCGACAGCAGAGCACCGACUCCGGCUGGGAUAAUCCCUUUCGUCCCGGCGGCGAUCUGUCCAGAGAGGCUGAUGAAAUUGUCAAUAUGAUCAGAGGCGGCAAGCCCAUCACACCCACAGAGGAGCGUACAAUUGGCAACGGGAGCGCCCAGCAUGCGGACGACAAUUGCAACGGCGGAGCGGCGAUUGGCGAGAGUGUAACCAAAUCAAACCUCUCGCAGAAUCUAGCAACAGCACAAAAUGGUACAAAUUCCCAUGCCUCUGCCUCUGCCGACGCUGGCGCCGGAAAAGCAGCGACGGCGACCGAGCUGAGCGGCGGAAACAACGGGGUCACCUCGCUGGGACAGGUCUCCAAACAGGUGGUUCCGGGACCGACGUCCGCUAGUCACGUGGUCAUCGACGAGAAGAAGAACAAGAAGAAGGGCUGCUGCGUCCUGCAAUAAUCGGCUGCUUUUAUUCUGUUCGCGGGGAAGAAACGACGAUAUAUGGGGCGGGUCAAACAAAAUAUUUGGGCGGGCAUUUUUCCGGCUAGCCGUGUUUUUUGAUGUUAAUGUUUUUUUUUUUUUUUGUGGGGACAAUGGAGCCGAGCUGUUGAUAUUUUUCAUGCCGCAUAAAAUCGCUUUGCUUAGCUUUGCAAGACGAGACCGAGACAAAAAUCCAAUCCAGAUGGAAACACACAACACAACAAGGAUAAACUAGAAAAACAUAAACUAAAACCAAGCUCUCUGACCAACAGCAGAAGAUUAUCAGAAAAAAGAAAAUAGUGUGAAAAACAAGAGCAGCAACAGCAGCGCCACAGUGAGAGCCAAAAUUUAAGCACCCAGCAGCAGCAGCUGUUGCCUCAGUUUCAAAACAAGAAUCGAGAAAAUCCAAACCUUGAAUUGUAAAUCUAAAGUACACACAUAUAUAUAUAUUUUAUAUAUAUUUGUUAGUCUGGGGCCGAUGCUAACUGCAAUUCAAUAUUAUUAUAUAUACAUAAUAUUUUUUUUCCUUUUUCUGUAAUGUGACUUCAACUUCAAGUAUGCAUGUUUUUUCGAUAACUUUAAAAUGUCUUGCCUAGGAAAAUUUUCGCAUAUUAAUGAAAGUCUUAACCGUCUUUUAAGUUGCGGAAUUUGUUUUCUGUCCAUGGCAUCCAAUUAAAAUGUUACAAAACUGACAUGCAUAUAUGUGAAAAGAUUUUUUUGUAAUUGUAAAACUUAGUGCGGCUUUUUAAGAAAAAGAUGAGGAUGUAGGGACGUUUAAAAAGUAAAAAAGAAAAACAACAAAAAAAUAAAAACGAAAAACGUUUUGCUUGCAUGCAUAAUGGAUACAAAAUCUAAAGAGAAAGCAAAAAAAUUUAACAUAAAGAAUAAUGUAUUUAUUUUUAUUUAUACGACGAGGACGAAGCAGAUGAAAGUAAAUUAAAUGUUAAACCUUAAAACAAAUAUACACUCACACACGUACAUAUACAAAAAAACACACACACACAUACGCAUAUAUACUAUACGAUAUAUGAGAUGAAAUGUAUGACGCAAUAAAGCAAACGAGAUGAACCGGAAACAGUAGAAAAAAACAAAAACUAAUUAAAGAAAUCCCAAUUUUCUAAGGCUAAAUAAUGAACAAUUAUUUUUUAUCAUUAUAUACAUGUGACAGAAAAUAAAAAACAAACCGGGUGCGCUGACUUUUGGGGCCCACUGUAGCGGCUGAUCAAAGGCAAGCGGUGCUGAACACAGAGGGUGAAAAUGGUAGCAAAGAGGGCUUAGUUCUCUGAGUAGAGAAGAAAGGCUUUGAAGAAACCGCAAUCCCAAAACAGAAGAUUAGAAUUGAGGCCAGAGAAAAUAUAUAAAAAAAGGAGGAACCACCGUUUUUCAGCUUAGUUAAGCACAAUACAACCCCCCACACGCCACCACCACCACCACCAUGACCACCCCCUUUCUCCAACCCCUUUCACUAAGUAUUUUUCUCGGUUGAACACGAAUCAAAAGCAGUGAAAUGAAGGCAAACAAAUAUGCAAGAAUAAUAAGCAGGUAAAUCGAGCAAAGCGAGGUACAAGAAAGUUUACACAGAGAGAAAAGCAGCAACCAAAUAGCAAAAGAACGUAAUGAGAACACCGAAAUGGACCGCCACACCCACAAGUAUAACACUCACACAGAGACACACACACACUCUCAAACACACACCCACACACCUACAGCCUAAGCAUCAAUGUGCUGCAUUUGAUAAACGUAAAAAAAAAUAAAUUAAAUAUAUAUAUACACAGAUAUAUGAAAUA